UUUACACGGAAAACUUCGAACGGUAGAGGCAUGUUCUGUUGACACUAUUGUACAGCUUUGUCUAACUUACCUUUACAUUGAGCGGUCCGUGUUUUUAUGUUCAACUAUGUGUGUUCAUUUUACCCACUUCCGGUCAUUUUCUCCUCGAUUCUUUCUGUUUAUCUACCCGUCUCAUGCUUAACCUCUCUCAAACAACUGUAACAUAAUUAAAAUGGGUUCAGUUUAAACAUGCCAGCAAGUAUUUCCCAUUUUCUAGUAAGCUUGUUUUCCCACUCGCUGUUCACCUCAGACGCAGUUGUUUCAGGUAGAAGCAGGGUCUAUCAUUAUACAUGUCGAGGUUGAACUAUAAGCUCAGUUCAGUGUGAACCUCCACCAGUUGACCACUAGGUCGCACAGUUGCAGUGUGGAAGCCCAGCUGGCCCCAUAGACUAUAUAAAAUAGAUGGCAUCCUCUGCAUUGUUGUUGCUGCUGCUGCUUCGGUUUGAAAUUGGACAGAGCGCCCAUCAACAUCAUCAUGAAGAUCAUUACACUGGCCAGCAGCACAACCCUGAACAUGACAUGAACAUCCUUCUGGGAGAUCAGGAAACAGAGGAGAUAAAGAAACUUAGUCCAGCAGAGCAGAGGAAAAAGAUGAUGGAGAUUGUUAAAAGGAUUGACACAAAUGCUGACAGCCUGCUCAGUGCAGAGGAGAUCACACUUUGGAUUCAGUCUGUCUAUAGAAAAUAUGCCCUGGAUGAUGCAAAGGAGCGGUUCCCUGAAUAUGACACCAACAAAGAUGGUGUUGUAACAUGGGUGGAAUACAACACAGUUGCUCAUGACCAGCUCAUUAGUUUUGAUGAUGAAGCAGUCCUGGAGGAUGAAGAGCAAGAGUCUCUCAGACAUCUUCAUCUGAAGGAGAGGAGGCGCUUUGACUUUGCUAAUGCCGACAACACAUCAGGGCUGAAUGUGACAGAGUUUCUUGCCUUCACCCACCCAUCUGAAGUGGAUCACAUGGCUGAUUUUGCCAUUGAAGAUGUGUUGGGUGAAUAUGACACAGAUAAAGACGGAUUCAUCAGUCUUAAUGAAUUCAUUGGAGAUGUCCGGGGGGAUGAUGAUUCCCCUUCACAGUGGGAGAUUGAAGAAGCAGUGCGGUUUAAGGACCUCUACGAUCAAGAUAAGGAUGGCAAGUUGAAUCGAGAGGAGCAGCUCCGCUGGGUUGCACCUAAUAGUUACGGUUCAGCAAGAGAAGAGGCUCUUCACCUCCUCAAGGAAAUGGACCAUGAUGGUGACAGUCAGAUUUCAGAGGCUGAAGUUUUGAAAAAUCAAGAAACAUUCAUGCACAGUGAAGUGACAGACUAUGGCAGACAGCUGCAUCUAUCACAUGAUGAAUUAUAAUCAUGCUGAUGAUUUGUUUCCAUCAAGGUGUAAUUUUCCCCUGUUGCGAUUUGAAAUUAGUCACCACUCCGUCCACAAUCAAGUUGCAAUACAAAAUGAUGUUGGCAAGAUAUUAGAGAAACCCAUUAUUGCAUAACCCAUCACUAACUCAAGCCACUCAUAAGUGUUGCAGCAAUGUAUAAUAGAGUAUCAGCAUAAUUGUACCAUCAGAAGCUUCAUAAAUCAGUACCUCAUGUUAGCUCUCUAGAUGGAUAUGCUCCCAAAGAGCUGGACAUUUUGACUGGAUGUAAGAUUUUGAACACUCUUGACACUGUUGUAGAAAUUGGAUCAUGCUUUAACGACAUCUAAUGUGUCUGCUUCAUAGCUGUGAGUGUAUCACCACUGGACGUCGUCCUUUCAUGUGUAGCAAAAUGGUCUGACGUGAGUCCUUCUGUGGUAACUGUUGACAUGCAGCAGCUCUUCCUCAUUUAAGCCAAAUGAGUGAGUUAGUGAGCGUUGCUGUGUGAAAGCUUGUUUCCUGAAUCUGUCAUCAUCAUUUCAUUUGCAUAGAGUCACUGCCCCGGUACACAGCUGGGAGUUACAAGUGAUUUAAAGCCGAGUGGAAUCUCUGAAAAAGGACUUUUUAAAACCACUGCCAAGAUGAAAUUAGAAUUUAAAGACGCAUUUUGGGUGAGUUUGAGUUAUGCUACUAAUCUUUAAAGGGUUUUUGUGAUGUUCUUGUUCAGAGCUGAAGCUGAACAUUACUUUUUACUGUGAUUUGAAGUUAGUGUGGAUGGAACAUGUUCACUUUGCUUUUGGGGGGUUUUAUCUUCCGUCAUUUAACUCCUUCAGUACUUUUGUAUGUUAUUCUGUUGUGUUCUCUUCCAUUUACUAGUCUUGUAUUUAAUUAUCUGUUGGCUCUCUCUUCUGUCUUAAGACAUUUAAUCUUAUUUGAUUUCUCUGUUUAUCUCAACUGAAUGUCAGCUAAACUGAUGCUUUGAAUAAAACAUGAGCUUUUA